AUGCCCGAAGUUGGCCAGGACCCUCGGGGGUCUCCAGGGUCCCCAACGACGCCCCCAGAGUUCAAAGACCGAGGCCGGGGGGUCCGAACAGACAAAGGCAAGCGCGGAGCCCCUGAGUCCCGGCACGGCGCCCGGCGCCUGGCCCCCGGGGCUCGCUCGCCCCCACGAGCCCCGCUGGCCGUCAGACCGCGGCUCUGGCCCCCGGCCGAGCAGGAAGCCCGGACAAAGGAGGAGCCAGGGCCGGCCCGGGACAGCAGCCCGCCCGCCCGCCCUUUGCCCCGGAGAAGUCGCGGGGGGAGGGGCGUUACCUGGCGCUUGGGGGGGGGGGUGGAGAACUCAGCGGCCCCGAGGGCCCCCCCGUCUCGCCCGCUGGGGGUCCAAGUAAGGACAAGUCCACGGGCCGGGGCGGGCUCACUCGCCCUUUGUGGUCCGCCCGGGCGGCGGCGGCGGCAGCGGCGGGGGCCGCAUCCUCCGGCAGGUCAGGCGGGCGCCUCGGCCGGGGCUGCUUACAUAAGGAGGGUCGGGGGGACACGGAGGGUGGCCAUCCGCCGGCUCCGGGCCGGGCGCGGGCUAGGUUCGACUCCGGCUCCGGCUCGGACUCCGGUUCCGGCACGCCGAGGGAAGCCCGGGGAAGCGGCAGAGGCAGCGGACGGGACGCGAGGGCAGGAGGCGGGGGCGAGGAGCGCCGUGACUCACGGGGCUGGGCCUGGGCGCGCAGACAAAGGCGGGCCCGACUGGCCCCCUUGGCCCUCCCACCCUGUACCCCGCACGUGCACGUACGAGAGCGGCGGGGCAGCCGGACACCCCCGGGAAGGGGCGCACGGGACGCCGCCAACCGGCCGGGUCUUCGAGGAUACCCGGGACCCAACUGACUUCUCCCAAGUCGACACCUCCCAGGCUUUCAUCACUUGUCACCUGGACUACUGCAAUAUCCUCCUCCUUGAUCUAACAGAUCCACAGUCUCUCUUCCUCACAGUGGCCAAAGUGAUCUUUGUAAAGCAUAGCCGGCCCCGCCCUGGGGUGGCCGAGCCCCAGCCCCAGCCCCCACCCACGCUGGCCUGCCCUGCGGUGGUCGUGCCGAGGCCUCAGGAAGGACGUGGGCACCGCCCGCCCGGGCUCGGGCCUCGAUCUCCCGCCUGCCUGCCCGGGUCACUGGACCGGGCGCUCACUCUCACCGCCAGCUCGGGGCUCGGGGCUCCGGGCUCUGGUCCGGCCCGGUCCGGCCCGGUCCGGUCCGCCGCCCGGAUGACCUCGGCUUCCCAGCCGGUUCGCCGCGCCUCUUGGUGUGUGGCCGCCGCCGUCGUCGCCGCCGCCGCCAACUACGCCCAAGAAUCAGCAGCCCCCAGCUCUGAGCGCAUCUCCCCCUGCCAAAGCAGCCCGUGUGGCCCCCCACGAGGGGCACCCUGGGGCGACAGGGGUGGGGGCGGGGGCGGAGCCGUGCUUGGAGCCUGCGCUCCCUCUCCUCCGCCUCCGCCGCCGCCACCGCCCCCCCUACGCUGCCAUGGUUACAGCGUAUCAGAGAAGGACUACAUUUCGUGUCCCUCCGCCUGCGGAGACCGAGGAGACAGAAAAGAUAGCGGCGGCUUCGUCGGUAAUGCGAUGCAUUUUAAGAGACUUCGAAAAAGAGUCCGUGGGCUUCGCAGGAGUCAAGUCGGAGCCCGAGAAAGGCCGGAGAGACUGAGCGUCUCCCACCCGACGCAACUCUCGGGGCUCUGCGUGGCCGUCUGCCCCCCGACCCGCGUCUACACAGCAGGCGUGAGGGGCUCGGGCCGGCGCGGCCCCCCUGCCCCCGCCCUAAUCACGAGCGGGCCGGAGCAGGAAACGACUUUGCCCCAAACACAAUCCGGCCGGGAAGGGGGCAAGGGGGCGCAGCUCCAUCGGACACUUGGCUCUCCCCGGACCGCGGAGCCGCCAGACCCGCGAGCACAGAUCCCUCCCCGGCCCGGCCCGCGCGCCGGGGCUGCUACGGCAGGGGAACUAACGGUCGGAGCGGCCCGGGACUUGAAAAGGCUGCGAGGAACAGGAACAGGAACAGGAACGCGAACGCGAGCGCGAGCCCGAGCCCUCGGCUCCCCAGGCUCUCCAGGCCGCGCACCGCGCGUGCCCGGGCGCCGGGGCCCGCCUCCAACGGCCUCGGCGACGGCGGCAGCCAAUCGGCACCGCGCGGGGGCGGGGCUCGCCGGGCAGCGGGGCGGGGAAUUGCAGGAGCUACGGUGA